UUUCUUCGACCUCCUAUCUUGUAUAUUCUUCUGCUCUUUUGUUAGGGUUCUAGUUCAUUAGACUGCAUCUUUUCUUCUUCUCAACACCAAUUUGGGAGGGCUUCUGAAGUUACCAAUCGGAAGGUUGCCGCACGCGAUCUGGUCCUAGUUUUCAUACCGUUCUGGUACAAACGUUCCGAAAUUCCGUUCGGUGCUACGUUUGGCGUUUCAGUUCAAACUAAAGAGGAAAAAUGGGGAGGAAAGUUGGAUUACGCAUCAAUACAAAGAGAUUUGGCUCCAUGACAGCACCCUGCACGAAGGAAAUGGUAACACUACUUACUUGCCUGGCUCGCUGCAAUAACGACAAUGAAAAAUGCGUUCGUCAAAAGCAAAUGUUGAGCACAUGCAUGAAGGCUCAGCCAACUAUGAAUAAAAAAAAGCCUUGGGGAAGCAUCAAUUAUCAUCUGCAGCGCCUUUCUAAGGGGAAAAAGUAGUAUAGUUUGACACAGUGUGGAUCAGUUUUCCGUGUACUUCCUGAUAAUCUAGACACUAGUUUUGCGGUUCGUCUCAUACAUCAUCGAAGAUUUACAAGUAUGUAUUUAUACUGUGUAAGCUUUUUUGCAGUAAGAUUUUUUCAUCAUUUGGAGUGUUACUCUUUCAGUUUGGCAGUUUACAAGCCUGAUAAGUAAAGACUUAAGUAACUUCCCUUACUGAGUUUA